CAGGAGCGCGGGGUGCAGACCGGGCGGGGCUGGGGGACAGUGAUGAGCGAGCGCGCCGGGAAGCUGCACGCCACCGCCGCCGCCCGGAGCAUCUGUCGCUCGAGCUGCUGCUCCCGACCCGGGACACGGCCAUGGAGACACUGAACGGCCCGGCGGGCGGCGGCGUCCCGGACGCGAAGCCGCAGCCGCCCGGCCAGAACCACCGCCACCACCACCUCCACCCGCUGGCAGAGCGUAAGCGGCUACACCGCGCGCCUUCGCCCGCCAGACCCUUCCUUAAGGACCUGCACGGCCGGCCCGCCGCGCCCGGCCCGGCCCAAGCCGCCCCCUCCCCCGGCCGAUCGCCGGCGCCUGCCGCCCCGCGCUCGCCCAGCCUCGCGGGCAAGGCGCCUCCCUCGCCGGGGCCCCUGGCCGCGCCCAGCCGCCUCUCUCGGCGCAGCUGCGGCGCUCCCGGCGCGAAGGACAAGCCGCCGCCGGGUGCUGGGGCCAGGGCAACGGGUGGUGCCAAGGCCGCUCCGGGCCCGAGGAGGGCGACGCGUACGGCGCCCGCGGAGCCGCUGCCCCGAGCCGGCAGACCGCCGCCGCCGCCCGGCACCGAACCGCCGCUGGCCGCUACCAAGGGCCGAAAAGCCAAACGCGGCUCCGGGGCAGUCCCCUCCCGUGCCUCCGCGCCCCCGAUCCCCCCCGCCCCGAUCUCCGCCGUGACCUCCGCGGCCGGGCCCCUCGCCCCUGGCUCCCGCAUCAGCCACACGGACAGCAGCUCCGACCUCUCCGACUGCCCUUCCGAACCCCUGUCCGAUGAGCAGCGCUUGCUCCCCGCUGCUAGCAGCGAUGCCGAGUCCGGGACGGGCUCCAGCGACCGGGAACCGCUGCGAGGAGUCCCCACCACGAGCGCCGCCGCGCGGGGGGCGCCGUCCGGCAGUCCCGAGCCCCCGGCGCUCCUCGCCGCGCCUCCCGCCGCCGGCGCCUGCCUCGGUGGUCGGAGCAGCCCGGGAGGGGUCUCCGCGGGGUCCCCAGGGCCGAGUGUGGCAGAGGAUGUCGGGGGACGCGCGCCUCCGGAGCGAACUGUCCCCGGGACCCCCAAGGAGCCCAGCCCGGGCGAGCAUCCCCGGCUGGUACCGGCGGCGGCGGCGGAGGAGCUGUUGCGGGAGAUGGAGGAGCUGCGCUCGGAAAAUGACUAUCUCAAGGAUGAGAUGGAUGAACUACGUGCUGAAAUGGAAGAGAUGAGAGACAGUUAUUUAGAGGAAGAUGUUUACCAACUGCAGGAGCUUCGGCGAGAACUGGACCGUGCAAAUAAGAACUGCCGGAUCCUGCAGUACCGCCUCAGGAAGGCUGAGCAGAAGAGCCUGAAAGUGGCUGAGACUGGCCAGGUGGAUGGCGAGCUGAUCCGAAGUCUGGAGCAGGACUUAAAGGUAGCCAAAGAUGUAUCUGUCAGAUUGCACCAUGAACUUGAAACUGUGGAGGAAAAGCGUGCUAAAGCUGAAGAUGAAAAUGAAACUCUCAGACAGCAGAUGAUCGAAGUGGAAAUAUCCAAACAGGCCCUCCAGAAUGAGCUGGAGAGACUGAAAGAGAGUUCCCUGAAACGAAGAGGCAGCCGGGAAAUGUACAAAGAAAAGAAAACAUUUAACCAGCAGAGUGGUGGAACGGAGCACCUUGGGAACUGCAGGUCUGCAACCAAAACCCAAAGGAAACUGGCACCCCGGCGCAAGGACGACAGUGCCGAUUUGAAGUGCCAGCUUCAGUUUGCCAAAGAGGAAGGCUGCCUGAUGCGCAAGAAGAUGGCCAAGCUGGGGAGGGAGAAAGAUGCACUGGAACAGGAGCUCCAGAAGUACAAGGCCCUCUAUGGUGACGUGGACAGCCCACUGCCCACGGGGGAAGCAGGUGGGCCACCCAGCACCAGGGAGGCGGAACUGAAGUUGCGGCUAAAGCUGGUGGAGGAAGAAGCCAACAUCUUGGGCCGGAAGAUUGUGGAGCUGGAGGUGGAGAACCGAGGUCUCAAAGCAGAGAUGGAGGACAUGAGGAGCCAGUAUGAGCGAGAGGGGCCUGGCCGGGACCAUAUCCCUGGCAUUCCUACCUCACCUUUUGGGGACUCUCUAGAGUCGUCCACGGAGCUCCGGAGACAUCUGCAGUUUGUGGAGGAGGAAGCCGCGCUGCUCCGGAGGUCCAUAUCCGAGAUCGAAGACCACAACCGGCAGCUGACGCACGAGCUGAGCAAGUUCAAGUUUGAGCCUCGGCCUGAGCCGGGGUGGCUCAGAGAAGGCCCGGACAAGGGCGGGGGCGGCGGGGGCGGCGGGGGCCCCCUGCAGGAGGAGCUCAAGUCGGCGAGGCUGCAGAUAAACGAGCUGAGCGGGAAGGUGCUGAAGCUGCAGUACGAGAACCGCGUGCUGCUGUCCAACGUCCAGCGCUACGACCUGGCCGCCCACCUGGGCCUGCGGGCCCCGAGCCCCCGGGACAGUGACGCCGACAGCGACACGGGCAAGAAGGAGAGCGACGGAGAGGAGGGCCGCCCAUCGCAGCCGAGGCGGGAAGGGCCCGUCGGCGGUGAGAGCGACUCAGAGGACGUGUUCGAGAAGACUUCGUGCUUCAGCCACGGAAAGCCCUCGGGGGCCAGCGAGCCGUGUCCGGCGGAGUUCCUGAGGGCCAGGGAGGGCUCCGAGUGCUUGGUGAGCAUACAGCGUGAGGCCGAGCGGCUGGAGCGGACCGUGGAGCGCCUCAUCAUGGACACCGACGACUUUGUGGACAAUGUGGGGCUGCAGGGCUGCGAGGGCUCCCCGGAGCCCGGCACCCAGGGGGAAGGGGAGAAGGGCGAGGGGGGUAAGGGAGAGACCCCGCCGCUGGGGACCAUCAACUCGAGGGUGAAGGCUUUCAGGAAAGAGCUCCAGGCCUUCCUAGAGCAGGUGCACCGGAUCGGGGACAGCCUGAGGGAGCAUCUGGAAGGCCUGUCCCCCUUGCCCCACCUCACAGAGUCUUCCAGCUUCCUCUCUACCGUGACCUCCAUGUCCCGGGACUCCCCCGUCGGGAACCUGGGGAAGGAGCUGGUCCCGGACCUGCAGUCCAAACUGAAGGACCAGAUGGAGUGGCAGUUCGGUCAGGAGCGAGGGGCCCCACAGGAGCCGCUGCACCGCCGCGCUGAUGGAGAUGCCGGGAACUUCCGGCCUGGAGGCCAGAGCUGCUUCAACCUAGAGCUCAGGGGCCCCCCUGUUUUACCUGAACAGAGUGUAUCGAUAGAGGAGCUACAGGGUCAGCUUGCACAGGCGACCAGACUGCAUCAAGAGGAGACAGAGAAAUUUACAAACAAGAUCCGUAAGAUGGAAGAGGAGCACCUCUAUGCCUUGAGGUGGAAAGAACUAGAAAUGCACAGCCUGGCUUUGCACAGCACCCUCCAUGAGCGAACCUGGAGCGAUGAGAGGAAUCUGAUGCAGCAGGAGCUCCGCUCCUUGAAGCAGAACAUUUUCCUUUUCUACGUGAAACUCAGGUGGCUACUGAAACACUGGCGGCAGGGGAAACAGACAGAGGAGGAAGGAGAGGAUUUCAUGGAGAGUGAGCAUCCAGAGAUCCACCCCAGGCUUGGUGAGCUUGGAGUCCAGGGGGAGCGAAAGGGGGAUGGCCCAGACCGGGAUAACGACAGUCCAUGCUGCGGCUUUUCGCUGGGGGAGCAUCCUGCACACUCCCCUGUGCAUGCGGGUGACCACGGACCACGCCUGCAGCCUGCAGAUGGGGUGCAUCUCCACAGGCAGGUGGUGGAGAGCCGGAAGCUGUUCGGGGCACUCAGGACCCUGCUGGAGGACUUGCGCGUGGAGCUGCGGGAGGACGAGCUCGCCCGGCUGCGGCUGCAGCAGCAAUAUGCCAGCGACAAGGCGGCCUGGGACGUGGAGUGGGCCGCGCUCAAGUGCCGCCUGGAACAGCUGGAGGAGAAUACGGGGAAAAACUUGGGAGAACCAUACUCCCCCGCUGACAGCAGAAGAGCAUUAGGGAAGGAGAGGGAGAAGCACCAGCAGCUCCUUGCUGACAGUCAUGGCCUCGUCAUGGACCUGCGCUGGCAGAUCCACCACAGCGAGAAGAACUGGAAGCGGGAGAAGGUGGAGCUUCUGGACCGCCUGGACAGAGACCGGCAGGAGUGGGAGCAGCAGAAGCAGGAACUCUUGUGGAGAAUAGAGCAGUUGCAGAAAGAAAACAGUCCGAGGAGAAGUGGCAGUUUCCUCUGUGAUCAAAAAGAAGGCAACAUCCAUCCCUUUGCGCACCCGGGAAGCCCCUGCAUGCCCCAUGCUGUGGGGAUGUGGCCCUGUAUGGAUGCUGACUCCACCCCAUUUGAAGAGCGGCCACUGUCCAAGCUGCAGGAAUCAGACAGGUGCUCGGCCCGGGAGAACCUCUACUUGGACGCCCUGUCCCUGGACGACGAGGCAGAGGAGCCCUUGGGCCGCGGGCCCCAGAUGGAGCUCAGGAGCCUCCUUCCCCAGGAAGAAGAAAACCACAAGGGAAAUCUACAAAGGGCGGUGUCUGUGUCCUCCAUGUCCGAGUUCCAGCGCCUGAUGGACAUCUCACCCUUCCUGCCAGAGAAAGGCCUGCCUGCUGUGAGCAGUAAGGAGGACAUCACUCCACCCCUGUCUCCCGACGACCUCAAGUACAUCGAGGAGUUCAACAGCAAGAGCUGGGGCUGGGACAAGAGGCCCCCGGACUCCUGGGAGGGCAGGACCGAGGGGGGCCGAGCGGGGAAUGAGGCCAGCACCGAGCCUUUCCCUGACUCUUCCUGGUACCUCACCACGAGUGUCACCAUGACCACAGACACCAUGACCAGCCCAGAGUACUGCCAGAAGCAGCCCCUGCGGAGCCAUGUGUGCGCUGAGCAGGCGGGGGUGCGGGUGUUGCACAGCCCGCCUGCAGUCCGAAGGAUGGACAGCAUUGUAGUAGCCGGUGGGGGGGGCAAGGGCCGCCCAGAGCCUGAGUGCACCUGUCCCACAAGCAGAGCCAGAGGGGCCAUCGGGGACCCAAAGGGGGGCACCUCAGAUCAUGUGCUUAGCAGGUGGCCUUGUGCCACCACCAGACAUGCCAGAGACUAUGUGGAGGGAGGGCUCCACCCCCUUGAUGGCGCCCUCUGCACCCCCCUGGGUUUUCCUUCCCCGUUGCACAGCCUGGAGAUGUCCAAGAACAUGAGUGAUGACAUGAAGGAGGUGGCCUUCUCUGUCAGGAAUGCUGUGUGCUCUGGUCCCACCGAGCCUCUGGUCAAGGACAUUGCCUGCCAGACCAAUGGCUCCCGGACAACGGGGACACAGACAGUCCAGACCAUCAGCGUUGGCCUGCAGACUGAAGCCCUACGUGGCACUGCCAUCACCAGCAGCCCCCACAAGUGUCUCACUCCAAAGGCAGGAGGUGGUGCCACACCUGCAUCGUCCCCCUCCCGCGGCCUUAGGAGCAGGCAGGUGGCCCCUGCCAUCGAGAAGGUGCAGGCCAAGUUUGAACGCACGUGCUGCUCCCCUAAGUAUGGGUCCCCCAAGCUGCAGAGGAAGCCCCUCCCCAAAGCCGACCAGCCAAACAAUAGGACCUCCUUGGGGCUGGCCCAGAAGGGGUGCAGUGAGUCAGCCUGGGCCCGCUCCACCACCACCCGGGAAAGCCCAGUGCACACCGCCAUCAACGACGGCCUCUCUAGCCUCUUCAGCAUCAUUGACCACAGCCCUGCAGUGCAGGACCCCUUCCAGAAGGGGACGAGGGCCGGGAGUCGGUCACGCUCAGCGGAACCCCGGUCUGAGUUGGGCCCAGGCCAGGAAACGAGCCCCAGUUCCCGGGGACGGUCACCCAGCCCCAACGGGGUUGGCUUAGAGACCAGUAGGGAAGAAGGGGGAGAGGGGACGCCUGCCAGGCAGGACUUAUCUGCUCCCCCUGGCUACACACUCACUGAGAACGUGGCCAGGAUCCUCAGCAAGAAGCUGUUGGAGCAUGCCUUCAAGGAGGAGACAAGGCAGGCCUUCCAUGGCCCCCCCAGUCUUAACAGUGACAGCCACGUGGGAGAAACGGUCAAAGCCGAGCCAGGGUCCAUCGAGGAACUACCUUGUUCCGCCCUGGCUCCAUCCCUAGAACCCUGCUUCUCCAGGCCCGAGAGACCAGCAAACCGUCGCCCUCCGUCCCGCUGGGCGCCACAUUCCCCCACUGCCUCACUGGCUCAGUCACCGGGGGCCCGGACCUCAAGGGAGGAGCUCGGCGACAAGGAGUCACCUGGGGAGAAGCUGCACCUGGGACAUGAUGCAAGUGUGCAUGGAUUAUCGCAGAAUAAUUCACUGUAAUUUGCACAACCACCCUGUCGUCAUCAACCAAACUCUGCCCAAAAGGAGAGAUCUCAUUUUCCCAAGGUCAAAGAAUGUUUUUAAAAAAACACGCAGCUGCUGAAUGUUCAACCUGUGAACCUGAGAUGUUUCUAGAAUGAAACAGUAAAUGUGCCUGUAAUAACUUAAUUUUUUUCAUAGCUCAGAAAACUAUUUUUGUCUCCAUCUUUUUUACACAGUCUAUUAAACAAAAAAUGGUAAAUAAGAUAUAAAUAAAUUUAAAAAAUAAAAGUUUAAAAAAUGUCCAUUUUAAGAGGAUUCUGAAUACCAUUGCUCUCAGUAUUGACUGCCUCUCUGUUGAAUUUGCACAGUUAUAUUUUGGUUUCGUUUAUUGCCACAUUGAAUUAGAGUGUGUUAGGUUAAUUUUAUGUUGUCAGUGUUGUUUUUUAAGAAUUUUUGAAAUGCUUCAGACUGUUUGAUUCAGUGAACUUUUUGUAGUGAAAAAGCCAUGAAACCAGUAGACAGAUAUUGUAUAUCCUGGAGGAGAUACAAGUCAACACUUUUGAAAAGGUUCAGAGUCCUCAGCUGGGCUUACCAAAUUUGCCAUAUAAUCCAUGUAUUCUACCCAACUUGCAUGUCUUUGGGUUUGAAGCACUUGAGUGCAUGUACAUACUGCUACUGUGGUCUCACCAUGGCUACGUGGGAGUCAUCUGUCGCUGUAAUAACGUGAAUUCUCUCGUACUGUACUUCUGUUGUCCUCUUGCACUGAUGAUAAAACAGCAACUCAUUUUUUAAGUCACUGUUCAAAGACUAACUGGCAAUAUACAGUGUUUACUCAAAAUUUUCUUGUUUAAGGAAAAACACUACAAAAAGUCAUGAGGAUACCAAAUGGAAACAAAGAACGGUGCCUCGGAGUCUGUAUGAGAUGAUGAUGAAAUAGAAAUAAAGCCUUUACAAGAUGGC